AUGAAGUGCAUAUUCCUUAAGGUGGUUCAAGCAUUUAUGCUAAUGCUGAUACUAUUUGAAUUUAUAGAGGCCACUGAAGAAGGCACAUUGUAUGUCAUGGAGUUUAAUGUAAUGAGUGAAUACACGCCUGAUAAGAGAAGGUACAUUUCUAUAAAUGGCUACAAUGAAACUUAUGGUCCAGAAAUUCGAGUUAAAUCUGGUGAUACUCUUAAUUUAAAAUUGAAUAACUGGAUAUGUUCGGAAGAAGAAGCCGCUAAAGAUGAUGCCAUUUGGAAAGAUUACUGUUCUACAGCUUUACAUUUUCAUGGGGUGGUACCGUUAGCAAACGAAUUUGAUGGAAUUCCUAAUUUAACACAGCCUACCAUUGGUUACGGAGAAAGUUAUUGGUACAAUUUCACCAUUGAUAAAUCAACCUGUGGUACUUUUUGGUACCAUGCGCAUUCAUCAGUGCAAUACGGAGAUGGGUUGAGAGGCAUUUUGGUAAUCGAAUGCAAAGAUUAUGAUGAUCACGUGAAGAAGACAGUUGAUUCUGUCACGGAUGUCGAUGAAUUAGUGAGCGGUGUUGUCACGAUGAAAAGAAAAUCAAAUGUCAAGGGACUCGCUCAACACGAAGUGCAAGAAGAAAUUAUAACUUUGAGUGAUUGGUAUACGGACUGGAAUUUUGAAAUUUUGAAAGAUAGAGUUUUGUCACUUACCGGGGGAACUGACCCCAAAUUGGAUGGGUCAUUAAUCAAUGGAAAAUAUUCUGACAAUGAAACUAUCAAAUUAAGAUCUGACACUAACUACCUACUAUUAAGAGUGAUAAACUCAGGUAUGUCCGGUACCCAAGUUUUUCACCUCGAUGGAUUCCAAUUAAUUAUUCUAGAAACUGACGGUAUUUUAAUUAGACCUUUUAUUGUACAGACGCUAACUUUAGCGGUUGGACAAAGAUAUACAGUUUUAGUGAAACUAAAGGCAGAGUCGAAUGUCAUUCGUAUGGUCAAUGGCUGUAAUAAAAUGAUGGGUUAUAUAACUAAACAGUGGUGGUUUUACAAAGACAACGCACAUUUGCGUCUGUCUCAGAAUCCGAGUGAUGUUCGCAUCAAACUUUUGCCUGGUUACACCAAGACAGAACUAUAUCGUGACCUAGAACCAUUGCAGGAGGAAAGUAAAAAGUUGGGCAUCAAGGCUGACCCAGAUGCAACGUUCGAAUUCAAUUAUGCUUACUACAAGGAUGAGCAGACGAAACUUAAAUACGAAACUGGGAUGUACAAGGUGAAUAACCGGACGUACAGUGAGUACCUAAAAGGGCCAGUUAGUUUACCCGAAGUCAACAAAACAUACGACAUGAUUAUCAACGCACUUGAUCACAUGAGACACCCAUGGCAUAUGCAUGGUCAUCAUUUUCAGGUAGUAUCUCUCGGCACCGGAGGUGAAGGUCAGCUUUACAAAGACGUACAAGAGGGCAAGGCAUGGGACCUGUACCAGAACGAUUUACGCCACUGGGCCCAAACUGGGAAGACACCAAUGAUAAGGGAUAGCAUUAACAUUGCAGGAAAUUCUUACGCGGUUUUGAGAAUCAAAACCGAACUACCAGGGAAAUGGCUACUACAUUGUCAUGUAGACUGGCACAUGAUGAAGGGGCUUGGCAUCGUUUUUGAGGUUCCAGCAGCAAGCAAGAAUGGUACUGAGCCAGUAACCACUGAACCAUUACCGUACUCUACCAAGGAGCCAAAUCCUUCUGCCGUCGUUCAUUCUGUGGUGGCUCACCAAAAUAAAUCCAAGGUAAUUGCCGUUUACAUCAUAAUCAUGGCCGCCAUUGAUGGCGCCUUCUACUGGUUGCUCAUGUAA